AUGGCGCCCGACCAUUGUCCGCCUCCUCGCCAAAAACGGGUGGAAUACGAACAGAAAGCAUAUAGAUUGUCGAACAAGCGAAGCAAGCAAGGUACUGUCACUAUCGAUAGCAGUCAGGAAGGUUACGGCGGUAUUGAAGACGAGGACAUAUUAGCAUUAGAGCUGGCCAACAAAAAUAUCUCUUCAGCGGAGAUUAACAAGUUGGGCCAGCGAUCUACCGACGCAGGCGGGAAGCGAUCAGAACUCACCGAAAUUCAAACCCCUCACCCUAACAAUGACCUUAUUUUCGCAACUACUGGGGAGCAACUUCUUCAGCUACUAUGUCAACUGUGGAAGGAAAAAGGGCAUGAUCCUGGUGCACUCCUCGAGACAACAAUUAGUGGCCAAAGAAGCUAUAUUGCACCUUCGGCCUGGCUACCUCGGUAUUCCCACACCAACGACAAUGACCUCCCUCUACCCUCCAAGAAGGUUGCACAGCAAUGGCUCAUGACGUUUCUGAACGGUCCGAAUAUGCUUUUUUGCAUCUGUGACCAUGCAGGAAGCCUAGAACUACUUGAUGCUCUUUAUGACCCUCAGUUUGCCUUGAGCCCAGUAUCAAAGUGUGUGGUCUUCUGGCUAGUCACGACUGGCUGCAGGUUCUCUGAAGUCUCUGACGAGCAUGAACGCAGGGGUAUGUACGAGGCAGCAGAACGUUUGCUGAAUAAUCGGAUCGAUGAAGAGACUGGGUCGUUGUUCUGGCUCGUACAAGUUUUGCUCCUGAAAUGCGUUUACUGGCUCUCAGAGAAGAAGAAUAUGUGUCGAGUUACCCUAGGCACCGCAAUUCACUUCGCCGAAAUGGAAGGCCUCGAUCUUGGCCGUGAGCAAUGCCCACAACUGUCAGAUGCGGAGUACAAUCGAAGACGACAAGUGUGGAUUGCCGUCGUCACGGGCCGCUUACCGCAGAUCAACCCCUAUACGACGCGAGAUCCCUUGAUUCAGGACUACUGCGAGGACAUAAGCAGUCCAGAUCAGGAGCUUGGGGUCAACAUGGCAAAAAUAUCGAUCGUGGUUAACAAGUUCCUUCGGGAUAUUUAUACGUCGCCGGAGACGCCCGACACUGCCUAUGAGAAGUACUUGCACAUGCUCGAAGACUGGUCCUCAUCCCUGCCGCCCAAUCUACGAUACUUCCCGGACCAUCUCGCCGGCGAAACCAAUUCCACAUUUGCGACCACAGACGAGCUUUCAUCAGUGUGGUUUGUUCCGAGCCCUGUCCUAAUACCUAUGCUUACUACCGACAGCUCUACCUUGAAAUUACUGAUGCAGCCAUACAAAUCGGCCACAUCAGUGCCAAAAUGGUACCGCAGGGAUUUAUAUGCAAAAAGUCCUGGCUUGCGAGAUCUUUCCGCCGGAGAGUCUCGUAUGCGAUGGAGCUUGACAUCAGCGCAGGAGCAGACCCGGCACCAGCUGAAGAAACACGGCCUCCAAGUUUGUCUGGACGUCUUGUCAUACUGUGCUACGAAGAGCGCCGACGCCCAGAAACUCGUCGAAAUUGUGAAGACAUUUCAACGAAUGCUCGACGAUGCAGUACCCCCAAAUUUUAGCCUGCUGAGGGAAAACAUCUCGACAGUGUGCGCGGCGCCACCGUCCUCGUCCAGUCAAAACUACUCCUGGUACACCAACUUGUCGGCAAAUUCCUUCCCCGAUCAGUCGGCGAGUAGAAUGAACUCGAACCUCGAAUCUGAGGGGAGGCUUGCUGCCGACAUUAGUAGACCUCCAACAUUCUCAAGCCAAUCAUCGGGCGAGAGCGCAUUGCCUUCAGAGUCUUCUUCCUCGGCCACAUAUUUCCUUAACAGGCCAUGGAGUGACAUGAGUCAACUGUUAUAUAACACCAAUCUCAACGCUUCGAUGGCAGACCAAUCGGAGCAGCACCCAGUGGUGCCACAGCAUUUCCAGAGCUUUCUCCAAUGGAUACCAAGUUACCAAGAUCCGCAGGGAGUCUACCAGUACCAGAAUCCUUCUUUUAGCAGUAGCUAG